AAUGGAUAAGAAAAGAAGGAAAAAACGACAUACACAUGGAUUGAAAACAGUGGAAUUAAUGAGAGGUCGUGCUGGAUAUGGCUUUACAAUUUCUGGUCAACAGCCUUGUGUUUUAAGUUGUGUUGUUCCCUCGACUCCUGCUGAUAGAGCUGGAUUGAGAACAGGUGACUUUCUUCUUGCUGUGAAUAAUUUGAAAGUAGCGGAUUACGAACAUGACGACGUUGUAAGACUGAUUGGAUCAUCCAGUGGUCUCCUUGUCUUGCAGAUUGCAGAGAACUAUAGUCUAUCCGAUUCUUCAGAUGAAGAACUUACUAGAGAUAAAAAUUAUCCUAAAGGAAAACUUAAGCCUCGCAAUUUGACUAAACAUGACAAAGAAAAUCUUCUCAUGAAUGUCACUCAUGAAGAUUUUUUGUCGCAUAAUUCAAGCAGCUCUAAAGAAGAUACUGUUAGAUACAGACGUGUAAUACACUCUUCAAGAGAGGGAAAGAAGCAUACAAUAAUAACUAGACAAGAUCGUCUAGCACCUCGAGCUUAUCCAGAAAGUUUGGAUGAUUUUAGUGACAUAGCUGAUGAAGCUUAUCAUUCAAAAGACGCGUCGAAAUUUACCAAUCAAAUUCAUGAUUUGUCAGCUAUUCUUUACCCAUCUCUACAAGAAAAUCACUACUCAGAUGAUGAUAGAGAAGAUAGUAAUCCUCCUUUUUGUGAAGUUCUUGUUGGCUAUAUAGGUUCAAUAGAAAUGCCAGAAGAUGCAAUGAACGUCGCUUCGUCCAGAAUGCAAUCCAUCCGUAAUGCCUUAAAACGCUUAAGAUGCGAAUCUAGAGUUCAUACAUUAGUUGUUAUUCAAGUGGACUCUAACGGGGUUCGUCUCAAAAAUGCAAUGAGACAAGUAAUGGUUACAUAUCCUGCCGAGAACAUAGCUUAUAGUGGUUCAUGUCCCGAUGAUAAACGAUUUUUCGGUAUUGUUACUGUGACUCAAUCAAACUUUGAUGCGAGUUUACUUAAUAAUAGUUGCCAUGCUUUUAUGAUUGAUCCUGAUAUGCGAUCUCAUACUGCUCAUAUGCAUAAGGCUAAAACGUUUGGCAUAACUUGUGUUCCACAUCCUCGAACUCAACGUUGUCUGCAAUUUCCAAAAACAGCAACACCUAUAAUGAGAGAAAUUUCUAAGCUUUAUCGAAAGAGACAACAGAGAAUUGCUGCAAGCGAUAAAAAAGCUGAAAGUUUGGUCUCUGUAAAGUCCAAAGGAUCUUAUACUACAGAUUCUACAGAAAGCUCGGGUUUUACUUGCUCUCAGCAGUCAAAUAGGUACUACAGAUCUGUUGACUCGUCAGAGUCCGAUGUUUAUUUAGGAAAUUGUAGAGUUGCCAGUACAGCAUCAAGUUGCACUAGCACGGACUCUUCAGCAUUCUGUUUCAAUAAUCGGGAAAACAUAAAAAGUGGUCAAAUAGAACUCGACUCUCAAAAUUCAGCGGAAAACCUUAGGCGACAUGCACUGAAAAUAAUGCAAACUCGUGUCAAACAGACAGACACCAUGACAGAUACAGAGUCAGUGAAAUCUAACGAAUCAAGAGCAAAAUCCAUUAAUUCUUUCGGAAACCCUGAUGGCGGAGCAGGAGAAACAACGCCCACUUUUUCUGCACCUCCUCUUCCACCAAAAAGUGCAAGGUCAGAUUCAGAAACUCCAAUGGCUCCAAAGCUUCCUCCCAAACCGCCAUCCCUUGGUCAGCGCCCACCAUUACCAGAAAGAAAGCCUUUUAUUCCACCAAGAAGACCAAUAACACCGCCCCCAAUACUUCCCGAUCGACCUCAAUCAACACCACCUCGUUUUGUCGAAGAAAUAGAAUCAAAACUUACAAAGUUAGAUCUUGUAAGUGGCAGAAAUGAAUAUGAAGAAGGAAAGAAGAGAAAAGAAAAUGAUAGGCUGAAUAGAUCUGGUUCUUUCAAAAUUCCAAUGCUGAGCAGAAAAAAGUUAUCUUUAAGUAACUCCCAUGAGUCUUUAAUGUUUGCUGAUCAAGAAGUUCAAACUUCUCAGCCCGUAGGUGAAGGAGAACCUAAAGACAGGUUUGAAAGCCGAUUCAGUGAUGGAAUAAGUAAUAUGAAAGAAGAAUUGGGCAGGGUAGCCAGUUGGGCUAUCGGCUUUGAUCGACUACUAGCAGAUGAAGCUGGGAUGAUGAUGUUUUCGAAAUUCUUGGAGAAGGAAUAUAGCGACGAGAAUAUUAUAUUUUGGAAAAAGUGCGAAGAGUUUAGAACAAAUGAUAAAAAAGUUGAUCUAAAACAAGAAGCUCAAGAGAUUUUCGACAAGCAUCUGUCAAGUACAGCUUCUCUGCCUAUAAACGUGGAUUCUUUUGCGAGACAAGUUGUUGAAGAGAAGCUGGCAGGUGAUGAAACACCACUAGACGUCUUCAAUAUUCCUCAAAAGCAAAUAUACUCUCUCAUGAAACAAGACAGUUACCCAAGGUUUAUUAAAUCAGAGAUGUAUAGACGGUGCGUUGUUGCAGACAUGCAAAACAAACCUCUUCCAUUAUCUGGUCCAGCUCCACCCACUCCAACAUGCUCUGACAAGCAUUCAAAGAUAACAAAAAAGACCAAAUCAGCGAAUGGAUCCUACGGAAGUGUUAAAACCGAUGAUCAAGAAAGUAAGCGACGAAGAUCUUUACUUCCAUGGACUAAAUCCAAAAGCGAAAAGAAAUUAAACAAAGACAUCGGAAAGAAUAAAAAAACUCUAUCCGAAAGUGACUCCAAAUCGAAUUUGUCUAUUUUAAGCAAGCAACCAUCCAAAGAUCAUCUACCCCCUCCAAGCCCUCGUCUUUCAAAAGGCCCUGAUGUUCAGAAAUAUUGUAGGAUCAUUUUACCUGAUCGGUCGACAACUGUGCUUGACUCCCAUAGUGAUCAGUCUCUUUAUAAAGCUGUAUGUUAUGUUUGCGAUCGCAGAAAAACUGAGAUGUCUGCUUUCGAAGCCUAUGAACUUGGAUCAGACAAGCCAAUAGAUCUUCACAGAGACUUAAGUGAUUUCACGGCCAAAGAAAUUCGCAUAGAAGAGAGAGUAACUUUCACAGUUUGCUUAAAUACUGGAAAAGUAUUCGGAAUGAGAGGACGACCUGAAAAAUCAAUUAAAGAUACCUUACGUCCAGUUCUUCUAAAAUCCGGAUUAAAAUUAGACGGAUUAGUUAUCAAUAUAGUAAACAAUGAUAGUCUGAUAAACCACGAGAAAUCUCUAUCCGUACUGAACAGGCAGAAAAUAAUAAUUCAGACUAUGAAUGAUUUUGCAGAAUGGGGCGGCGAGUUUCACUACUUUAAAGCCACAUCUAAUGGAAAAAUAUCCGCCACUGCCAUGCAGUUAGAGGCAAACAGGAUUGACUUUGAACUUCAGCAAUUAAAGGAAGGAAAGAGCAACACAAUACCAAUAUUCGACGAUCAAGGUGUUCUACUGUCGGAAAAAAAAGAUUCUGUAAAGCGUGAAGGUAGACCUAGCGGUGGAGGUUUUUUCGGAUUUUUUCGAAGGACAUCCCUCGAAAAUGGGGAAGCCGUCAAGGAAUCGAAAAAAAAAACUCGUCAUAGUUCUCAAAAGUUUUCAAGUAUAAAAAAUGCAAUCACAGGAAAAGACAAGACUGAAAAUAGGAAAUCUAGGGAGAGCUUGCAAGCCAUUGACAAUAAAUCAGGCUCACUACAAAAUAUUCAAAGUAAUCCAAAGCUGGCCGGAAAUCUCUUUGAAAUGAUUGAGAAUAUUCAAGGAAAGAAAAUAGAGGAUCAAUGUGGACCAUUGCUUCAAAUGGACCUUCCCGAUUUCUUGAGAAAAACUCAAUCACCUAUUAGACGAACAGAAUCUGAUACUUCCAUUGCUAUAAAAUCUAGUAUUGUUAGCCCCUCACCAUCUUGUCAAAGCAUACCUAAUAAUGAUUGCAGCUUUACAUCAGUUGUCGUUCCCACUCCAAACACUGCCCAAACUUACUUUUCUGGUGGUCAUUCUUGCCCUGAGUCUCCAGAACUAAAUGAAUCAUUGAUUUUUGAAAAAAAGACAAAAAUUGUUAAAGCGAAACCAAGACUUCCUCCCAGAUCAGGCAUUUCAAAACCAUAUGAUAAAAUCAACGGGGACACAAAAGGCGACAACGAAAUUGGGGAACUAAAUUUGUCAGAAUUAGAAGUAACAUUGAUGGAUGAAGAUGUUCCCUUGAAAGAUUCUACUAUGACAAUGAUAGAAUUAGAUGAUCGUGACCUCAGUUCGCCACCUCCCUCUCCAACGACUCAUGGUUUAAUCUUAUGUGACUGUAAUAGCGACGAAUCACCACCACCCUGCGAAAUAACAACCCAUAUGCUAGGAGCUUCGUCUGAAUUUACAGAUUCUCUCUGUAUAAUUUAA